GGCCGCAUUGCUUGAGCCCAGGCGGCAGGAUGAGCAGCGGCUGGAGACGUUCUGUUUUGACCAAUCUGCAUGAUUUGUGGGGCAGCAGCCCUCUGGUGGCAGCAGCGCCGGAGUUACAAUGUCCAUACGCCGUGCAGUUAGCAUAUCAUUGUCAACCUCCUGCGCGCUUCUUGUCAAUAUUUCGCCUUUGACACAAGCACGCUGUUUGAAGCGGAAUUUGCAACUGUUGGAUGCAGAGGCAGGGGAGUAGAGUCCCCAACAUCUGACGGAUCUCAAAGUGCAAAGUGCGCAUGAUUGCUCACCAAGCUCUUCCUAAAACAUGGGAUUCAGUUUUGCCGGGUAGCACUCGGACAAUCAUAAGUCGACACUUGUCAUGGCGACUCUUGCAUGCCCCCGAGCAUAUUGGCAAGUCACCAGAGGCCUUGGGAAGCAGGUGGUGUACGCAAGGCAGCCACGAAACGGCUCAUGCCCAGGGUUCGGGGGCAGUCUUGCAGUGCGGGGACAGUUGCUCCAAUUCUGUGAACUGAGGAGGAAAAGCAAUAUCUCCGACCACAGAAAUGCAAGGUCGCGCACCGCCCGGCCUUCUGACUGUAGCAGGAGAGCAAACUUCCAAAGAUCGCACCACCCGUCCAUCGGUCCUGCGUCCAAUCAACGCAGAGCAGGAUUCGGCAGACGUGCGCAAACAAAGUGCGCUGCCGCUGACGGCAAGUUUGCGUCUGAACCGAAUCCAACGCCAGAGGAGGAGUUGACACCGGAUGGAGCACAGCCCAGUGACCCAGACGUUCAUGGGGCAAGAGAUCCGAGGUCCCUGGGCCCCAACUUCGCUCUUUUCUCGUUCCUGGCCUUCACCAUCCUUGUCGCCCUCCCCACCCUAGUUGUCCUGACCCGCCGCCUAGCAGCCGCUUCCAUCUUUGCCUCAGCAGCCGCUGCGGUCUUUGCCAGCCAGCCCCCCUCCCUCCAGACCGUGUAUCCAAACCCCCCGGGCGAGCGGCUGCCGAUCCAUUCUUUUGCGGCAGCCUUUGCGGCUGCGCUCAGCUGGCCCUCAGCAGAGUGGUACCUGGGAAGGGUGUCGUACCUGGCAGAUGUGCUGCUGGAGAAGCACCCCUUCACGUACACGCUGCUGCUGUUUGCCAUCUGCAUGUCCCUCGUGUUCGCAGGAGGCGUCAUGUUCAACCACUUCAGGGAUCACCGUCGCAAGAGCCUUGGCGAUAGCGUGUGGGACGCCUGGAGCUGCCUGUGCGCGUCUAGUAGCCACGUAAAGGAGAAGAGCUUCAGUGGUCGGGCGGUCGGUUUGAUGCUCGCCCUGGGGGGGCUUUUCUGCUACUCGUUGCUCACCAGUACUAUGACCGCAUCGUUCAAAAGCCGCAUGGAGUGGCUGCGGGAGGGCGCGCAUACAAAGGUGAUGGAGCGGGAUCACAUCGUGGUGGCCGGUACCAACGAUCACCUUCUCCCGUUGCUGCGCCAGCUCAGCAAGUCGCACGAAUUCAAGAUCAGGGACGGUGCCGCUAAGACCAGGCGCCAGACGGUGCUUCUGUUGUCGGAGCACAACCGUGCCAGGGCCGACAAGCUGGUCCAGUCGUAUGCGGCUGAGUGCCCACAGCUGGACAUUCUAACACGAAGCGGCAGCUUGAGCAACUCCCACUCCUUCGGACGCGUUGCUGCGGACAAGGCGUCCGCGGUUAUCCUCCUGCAGACCUGCAGCGACCAGUUUGAAGCCGAUGCGUCGGCCGUCAUGAGCAUCCUCGCGCUGCGCCCUGUCCUGGACGAGGUGGAGGAGUCCAAAAUCAUUGUCGAGGUAACCAAGCCGAGCACGAUCGACCUGGUGAAGAGUUUGGGCAGCAUGGACGUGCACCCCGUCCAGAACCUGGCGGCCAAGCUGUUUGUGCAGUGCACGCGCCAGGGCAAGCUCAUCGACGUCUACCGCAAGCUCAUGGACCACGAAGACGAGGUCAUCAACAUCCGCAACUACCCCCAGCUCGCCCGUGUCAAGUACCGAGAUGUCAGAAGGGGCUUCACGGAGGCCGUCAUCUGCGGCAUUAUCCGGGACGGGCAUGUGCACUUCCACCCAAAGGACAACGUGAAGCUCGAAGGAAUGGACAAGUUGAUGGUGAUUGCCCCCAAGCAUACGCAUCGACAUGUCCCCGAUGCGUUGGCGGCGCGGCUGGACGCUCUCAAGGCGUGCUCUCAGGACACAGAGACAGACGCCGUGCUGCAGAACGCGGCGGAGACGCUGCCCCGCCGGCACCAGCUCAAGGGCUCCAAGGCGGUCUCUGGUAUUGGCCCCCCUCGUGAGCGCGUGUUGCUGUGUGGCUGGAGGCCGGGCGUUGCGGAGAUGGCACAAGAGUACGACGAUUACCUGGGAGCGGGCAGCGAACUGGUGAUACUGUCCGAUACCCCCCUGGAGAAACGCAUGCUCGUCAUGCAAGAGAUCAAAAACCUCCGGAACAUCAAGGUCACGCAUAGAGUAGGUAACCCGCUCUCCAAUCCCGAGUUAGCAGCGGCUAUCCUGGGGUGGGACGCCGCAAGCCAGAAGGAGAUCCAAAAGGACAACCUUCCGUUGUCCGUCGCCGUCAUCUCCGACAGCUCCUGGGACCAAGAAGGUAGUCGGGCGGACAAGCGGUCCAUCUUCGCGUUGCUGCAGGCGGAAGCUAUUUGCCGGCAGAACAACCUCCCGUUGGUCGGUUUGACGGCCGAACUGGUGGACUCAAGUUUAGGAGAUCAGGUUGUUAGAGCGCACCCCUCCGCGAGUUACAUUGGCACGAGCGAAUUGAUGGGGCUGUUCACGUCACAAGUUGCAGAGCAUCGGGAGCUGAACGCGGUGUGGACGGAGCUCCUCAAUUCCUGGGGCUCAGAAGUAUACGUGAAGGACAGCAGCAUCUACGCCGGCGCCGACGAGGCCCCCACCUUCCAGGACCUUGCCGAGCGGGCAGCGUCCAGGAAAGAGGUGGCCAUCGGGUACCGGCUCGGACCCGAAGUGAUUAUCAACCCUGUCCCAAAAACGAGCCCCAUCGCCUUCAAGCCUGGAGACGCUCUGGUGGUAAUUUCCGAAGAGAUGUAGCGUUCCUCAGAGUUCUAGGUAAGACCAACUCCAGUGCGCUGGGGUGUAUCGCGAGGUGCAGCAUAGAGUCAAACACUUUGCAAGAAUAAGCUGCUGCUAGGUGCUUUAUAAAAGCGGCGGCUUCAGAGAGGAAAUGAAUGUUAGGGUAGAAAGAGGUGCACGCAGUCUGGUAAGGUACUAUGUCCCCUGUUGACUUUCGGGACUUUGGACGUAUACUCCCACGAGCUGGCU